AGCACUUCCUCGAAAUAGAAUCACAUGACUUACAAAGCACUGCGAGAGAUGUCUACACUAACUCUGGCUCUUUUUAGUGCAUUAAUAUGUUGUUCCUUGACAGAGAAGCCAUCAAAUGUUACAUCUCCAAAUAUUAUCAUCAUGCUCAUGGAUGACAUGGGCUGGGGGGACUUAGGGGUGCUUGGCCAGCCCUCUAAGGAAACCCCAAACCUAGGUGCCAUGGCUUCUCAGGGAAUGCUGCUACCAAAUUUCUACACUGCUAACCCGCUGUGUUCCCCAUCCAGAGCUUCACUUCUCACCGGGAGGCUUCCUGUUAGAAACGGAUUCUACACCACCAACGCCCACGCCAGAAACGCGUACACGCCACAGGAGAUAGUGGGAGGAAUCUCUGACGAUGAGAUUUUGUUACCUGAGAUGCUGAGGAAAAAUGGCUACGUCAGCAAGAUAGUUGGCAAGUGGCAUCUGGGCCACAGACCUCAGUACCUGCCUCUGAAGCGCGGAUUUGAUGAAUGGUUUGGAGCACCAAACUGCCACUUUGGCCCCUACAACGACAACAAGGCACCAAACAUCCCCGUCUACAACAACUCUGAGAUGGUUGGCAGAUACUACGAGGAGUUUAUGAUCGACAGGAAGACCGGAGAAUCCAACCUCACACUGAUCUAUUUGAGGGAAGCUCUGGACUACAUAGUUCGUCAGUCUGAAUCUGAGCGGCCCUUCUUCCUCUACUGGGCCCCUGAUGCCACUCACGCUCCGGUCUACGCCUCCAAACGCUUCCUCGGGAAAAGUCAGCGAGGCCGGUACGGUGAUGCAGUGAUGGAGCUGGACUACAGCGUAGGUCAGAUAUUGGCGCAGCUGAAGGGUUCAGGCGUAGAGAAGAACACCUUCGUCUUCUUCACUUCAGAUAAUGGAGCUGCUCUCAUCUCUGCACCAGACCAAGGUGGCAGCAACGGGCCGUUCCUCUGCGGGAAGCAGACCACCUUUGAAGGGGGCAUGAGGGAGCCUGCCAUCGCCUGGUGGCCUGGACGCAUCAAAGAGGGCACGGUGAGUUUCCAGUUGGCCAACGUGAUGGAUUUGUUCACCACGAGUCUGGCUCUGGCAGGCAUCAGACCUCCUGAUAACAGAACCCUUGACGGUCUGGAUCUGACACCAGUACUCCUCAAAGGCUAUGUGGGUCCUCAGACACUCCAGAACAGGCCGAUCUUCUACUACCGUGGGAAUGAGCUGAUGGCUGUGAGACUGGGACAAUACAAAGCCCACUACUGGACCUGGAGCAACUCGUGGAAGGAGUUCAAUUCGGGCAUCAACUUCUGUCCAGGUCAAGAGAUCCCAGGCGUGACUACUCACGAGCAGAAAGAGCACACAAUGCAACCUCUCAUUUUCCACCUGGGCCGGGAUCCUGGAGAAAAGUACCCCAUCAGUGUUUCGACUAAAGAGUACCAGGAUGUACUGAGCAGGAUCACUCCAGUUGUGCAGCUGCAUAAGAAGACCCUGGUGCCCGGAUAUCCCCAGCUCAACAUGUGUGACGUAGCCGUGAUGAACUGGGCCCCUGCAGGCUGCGAGAAGCUCGGAAAGUGUCUCAAAGUGCCAAAGUCCGAUCCCAGGAAGUGUGACUGGCCGCACUGAGAAGAACCAGAAGCCGGGAUGAGGAAGCAAAACCUGAAGCUGUGCCUUUCUACAAAACAAUCAAACUCAUGUUUCAAAGUGUAAGAGUUGUAAAUUAUUUUUGUACAAAGUUGAAAAGAGGUUGGAUAUAAAAUCAAGGGAAUUAUUUUAGUUUGACAGCAGUAGAUUGAUUAUGCCAAUCAUUUUUGAAGUGUUUGUUUUAAUGAUUCAUCUCGGGGUCUUAAUGUUGGAGACAGUGAUUCACUCAAAACUCAUUUUACUGUUUCAGAGAAGGGAAAUGUAUUCAAUGUGAUCAUUCUUAAAGCAAUAAAGAUUACAGUUUUUAA